UGUUGUGUUUGUGUUAAGCCUUAAACUAGUCUCGCUUCUCUUUAAUUUUUUAUUUUUUUUCUCUUCUCUUCACUUCGCUUCAUGCUGCCUCUCUCUAUCUCUUUUUUGUCUUGGUUCUAAAUUCUAAAACCAACACCUGAACCUGAACGGUGCCGCCUUCACCUCUCCAAACCCAACGUUAAUUCUAUUCUCCAGAUCCACCACCCUCUCUCUGCCUCUUCUUCGUUGUUGUACGUCCACUCGGAAAACUCACACUCGCACACACAUUCUUCUGCUGCGUGGCGUUGUGCUGUGUUACUAACUUACUAUUGUUAUUAUUAUUACUAUCCUGUUAUUAUUGUUGAUGUAUAUGUUUGAUUGCGUUUGGGAGAAGCUAUAAUUAACGACAUGGUGACGAACACCAACAAGGUCGUGAAAGUGAAGAGAGACACGCUAAGAGCAUGCAUGACAUGCCCUCUUUGCAAUAACCUCCUCAAAGAUGCCACCACUAUCUCUCUCUGCCUCCACACAUUUUGUAGGAAGUGUAUAUAUGAGAAGCUCUCGGAUGAGGAGGUGGAUUGCUGUCCUGUGUGCAACAUUGAUCUAGGCUGCCUUCCGGUGGAAAAACUCAGGGCAGACCAUAAUUUACAAGACAUAAGGGCUAAAAUAUUUCCUUAUAAGAAAAGGAAGACCAAGAUCAAGGAACCAGAAGUUUUGCCUUCAGUAUCCCCACCUGCAAAGAGGAAGGAAAGAUCACUUUCAUCGUUGGUAGCUCCGAAAGUUUCGGCACAAACAGGCCUUACAGGAAAGAGGACAAAAACUGUGUCAAGAAAGGCUGCUGCAUUACGUGGGUGCAGUUUUAUUCUUGAAGAAUCCAUAAAAAAGGAAGAAACAAAUGGUGGAGAUAACAUGGAUUCGUCAACGCCUGAGCCUUCUAAGAAAAACAAGUCCAGUGAAAGCACGGAGAACAGUGUAGAACUUACAGAAGGUAAGGCUGAUCUCUGGACACCGUUAAACUGCCUUGUUGAAGCCGCCAACAGAACAAAGUCCUCCAGGUCAAAUUCACAAGCAGUUCCCCCUGCCAAAUCGGACUCUCCAACUACUGCACAUGAUGCACGAGAUAUGUCUGAAAUCACAAACAAAGCCGAGCUACCUGCUUCAGGUCAGAAUGAAAUAAGCAUUCCAAAAUCUAAGAGUAAGGAUAAUGGACACAAAGCAAAAUUUGGUGAUGGCAAGGAUGGCAACAGCGUGCCUUCGGGACCAGUGAAGCGAAGAAGGUUGCGGCCUUCUGGUCAGAAAAAGGUUGCGCCGACUGAGGGGUCUACCUCAGCCCAAGUCAUGCUAGAUGCAACAAGGGGAUAUUGCAACAGAAAGAACACCCCUAUUUGGUUUUCAUUAGUUGCUUCAGAGGACCAGAAAGGAGAUGUUCCGUUGCCGCAGGUCUCAGCAUGUUACUUAAGAAUAAAGGAUGGCACUGUGCCUGUUUCGUUUAUUCAAAAGUACCUUGUGAAGAAACUUAAUCUUGCCAGUGAAGCAGAGGUAGAAAUAAUGUGCCGGGGUCAACCAGUGCUGCCAUCUCUGCAACUACACAACCUUGUAGAUUUGUGGUUCAGAACAGCAUCAACCUCAAAAAAGAUACCAGCAUCUGUAGGAUCAUCAGCCAAGGAUUUUGUUAUGGUUUUAUCAUAUUGUCGAAAGGCCUUGCCACCUUGAAACAAGUCCAUCCCCUAUUCUGUUUAUAUGUAAUUUUGUCUCCACCAAUUUACAUGCAAACUCAACCUUUUUGUUAUGGCAUUCUCACUGAUAUUUCCGCUAAGGUAUUUGUUCCAUUGAUUAAAAUACCAUGCGAUGUAUCUGUUUGAUUUUGGUUUUCAUCGUGACCUGAAAAUGUGUACCCUCCAAGUUCAUGUUGUCUAUUAUAUUGUAUUAUAAGGUUCAUGAGACA